AUGGCCGCCGCCACCACUCCCACACGCCGCACAGCCUACAUCCGCACCAUCAUCGACCACCCUGUCCCAUACAACGACACCGACUGGUGCAACCUGCGCACCUGGUUGCGCUUCUGGGUCGGCCAGGACGCGGGGGCCAUCUUCGGCACACUGCCGAAGACGACGACGACGACAUCCGGCCUGCGAACUGCUACCACCGUCGUGGAUAUUCGGCACCAUUACGUCUUGGCAUAUCGCAUCGCCUCAGACGCCUUCGUCCUCGACUGGCUCAUCGCCUGCUCCGUGAAGGGCAACCUCCGCCUCGCGCGGGACGACUUCACCGUCUACCUCUCGCUGGCGCAGGCGUGCGACCCCGCGAAUACGGAGCUCUUCCGACGGCUGGAGAGCGAGUCUGUGUCUGUGCACAUCGUCUCGUCAGGAGGCGGCGGCGGCGGCGCCUCACGAACGAGGAGGACGAGCAGGAAGAAGAAAGAGAAGACGACGACAGCAGCAGCAGCAGCAGCAGAGGAGGCCGAAAAUGAAGAGGUCGUCGAAGAACAAGACGCAGCAUGCGUAGACGCGGUCCUCCUCUCCACAAGCGACUACCUCCUCGAAACGCACCUCUCCCGCGCCCGCGGCAUCACCCCCUUCCACAGCCCGUGGCGCAUCUCCCUCCGCCACGGCCACGCACAGCCAUCCCGCGCAGCCGAGGAGAGCCACGCGUACUUUCGAGGCCGACUGCAGGCGCGUAUGGGUGGCCACACAGCGCGCUCAUGCUCGUACCCGCACCCCAAAAGUGACGCCUGGCGGCGCGACCACGCGUGCCCCUCGUGCGGGAAGCGGUGCAAGCGGAGUAAAGGGUGUCGGACCACGGGCGAGUGGUGGGUAGAAGGGAUGUCGGAGGAGGAGCGGCGAUGGGGCGGGGGCGUGGAUACGUCGGCGCCGCGGCCGCCCGAGUUUGAGAAGGACUGGAGGAGCUUAAGCGUUGAAGAUGUCGUGGCGCGCUAUAGCAAGGGGUGGGGGUCGCGCGUCGGCUGGAGGUGGCAGUCGGUUGAUACGUUCUCAGGGGAGUGA